CUCAAGAAAAUUACACUUAUGUGCCUAAAUGUCCUGUGUUAUAAGGCUCUGAACGUAAGCUCAGCUAAACAGACUAGGAUCUAACUAGUAUUAACUAGUAACGGUUACUUUGAUUCGUUAAGAGAACUUUAACAACCUGGGGGUCGGCGACUGUGGUUGUCGGAAUUGUGGGACUUGCAGUUCUCACACGCAGCGGCUCUGCUAAGCUAAAGUAGCACGCUGUGCCUGCCAUGUGGGUCCUGUAGCAAAGGGGGAUAUGAACUUUCCAACCUCGAGCUAACUGUGUACGGUUAGUCACCAUGUCUUUCUGUUUUAAUUUCGACGUUCCAGCACAAACAAUAAACACGAACGACGUGGAUGGAAAUGGGCUGCAGAGCGGAAAGAAAGACAAUGCUGUCACAGAUGCACAGGAUAAUACCAAACCAGCAGAGCCAGCAAAGGAGGCUAAAGAGCACCUUCCACCAUCUGACCCACAGUUUCUCCUUAUGGAUUCUGUCUCUGAAGCCGUUACCAUUGGAACUCUUCCUCCUCUCCACUUCCUCAAUGAGACCGUUUUUGAGAAGACAGCCUCAGAGAGAGAGGAUAGCGAGGAAAUUCUCUCUCGCACUGCGGAGCAGAGUUCUGAUCUCAUCCCUGGCGUGUACGAGGGAGGGCUGAAGGUGUGGGAGUGCACUUACGACCUUCUGGAGCUGAUUGAGAAAGACGGAGAGACCUUUGGGGGGAAGGCAGUUUUAGAUUUGGGAUGUGGUGCGGGGCUGUUGGGGAUAUUGGCUCUGAAGAGAGGAGCCAGGCACGUCCACUUCCAAGAUUAUAACAGUACAGUUAUUGAACAGCUCACAGUGCCAAACGUAAUUCUAAACUGCCAAGAGGAUGAUGACAUAGAGAGUGAAGAUGACAAAGAUGGGAGGGGCAAGGGAAAAAUACAAGAGGAAGAUGGUUGUAAAGAGAGGCUGAAGGAGAAACAAGAGGUAAAAGACGGCAGCUCACCUCCAAAGAAAAGAGCUGUAGACCUAUCCCAACACCGAUUAUUAGCCAAGUGUCGUUUUUUCUCGGGUGACUGGAGCACAUUUCUUGCUUUGGUUCUAAAAACAGGCCCACAACCCAAAUAUGAUAUCAUAUUCACCUCAGAGACUAUUUACAACACAGCUUACUAUCCUGCCCUACAUGAGACCCUCCACAAACUGCUGGCACCAGAUGGACUGGUCUACCUUGCCACCAAAUCGCACUACUUUGGCGUAGGAGGUGGAUUGCACCUGUUUGAGACUUUUGUGGAGCAGAGGGGUAUUUUUUCUGUGGAUCACCUGUGGGAUGGGGAUGAAGGACUUCAGAGACAUGUAGUAGUCCUACGUUUUAAACUGCCAAAGGACACUUGAAUAACGUCUACCAGAGACUCUUGUGCUGUGUUAAAAGGGUUUUAUUGCUGCACAGUUUCAUGAAAAUAAAAAUGAUCAAGAUUGUUGUUUAGUCUUAAUCUUCAAUCUACAUGAAGCUUGUAUAUUUUAUGUUACAGCAACAGUGGCAAAACAAGGUAUAACUGUAAUAAAAAAUGCAGUCUCAUCCUCUA